ACUAAGAUACUCAGUUCCAAGUUUGGAGCUUUUAGCUGCCAGCUCUGGCCCAUCAUGUAGCUGCAGCACAGCCUUGCCUAACGUUGCAACUGGGGGAAAAAUCACUUUCCUGUCUGUUUUGCAAGGUGUGCAUUUCCAUCUUGAUUCCCUGGAAGUCCAUCUGCUGCAUCGGUCAAGAGAAACUCCACUUGCAUGAAGAGUGCACGCCUGCAGCUUGCAUCUUUGUUGCAAAACUAGCUACAGAAGAGAAGCAAGGCAAAGUCUUUUGUGCUCCCCUCCCCCAUCAAAGGAAAGGGGAAAAUGUCUCAGUCGAAAGGCAAGAAGCGAAACCCUGGCCUUAAGAUUCCCAAAGAAGCCUUUGAACAACCUCAGACCAGUUCCACGCCACCUCGAGACUUAGACUCCAAGGCUUGCAUUUCCAUUGGAAAUCAGAACUUUGAGGUGAAGGCUGAUGAUCUGGAACCUAUAACGGAACUGGGGCGAGGGGCGUACGGCGUGGUGGAGAAGAUGCGGCAUGUGCCCAGUGGGCAGAUCAUGGCAGUGAAGCGGAUCCGGGCCACAGUAAAUAGCCAGGAGCAGAAAAGGCUACUGAUGGAUUUGGAUAUAUCCAUGAGGACAGUGGACUGUCCUUUUACGGUCACCUUCUAUGGCGCGCUUUUCCGGGAGGGUGAUGUGUGGAUCUGCAUGGAGCUCAUGGAUACAUCACUAGAUAAAUUCUACAAGCAAGUCAUUGAUAAAAACCAAACGAUUCCCGAAGACAUCUUAGGGAAAAUAGCAGUUUCUAUUGUUAAGGCCUUAGAACAUCUACACAGUAAGCUAUCAGUGAUUCAUCGAGACGUCAAGCCUUCAAACGUACUGAUCAACGCUCUGGGCCAAGUGAAGAUGUGUGAUUUUGGAAUCAGUGGCUACCUUGUGGACUCCGUUGCUAAAACGAUCGAUGCAGGAUGCAAACCUUACAUGGCUCCUGAAAGAAUAAACCCAGAACUCAACCAGAAGGGAUACAGUGUAAAAUCCGACAUUUGGAGUCUGGGCAUCACAAUGAUUGAGUUGGCCAUCCUCCGGUUUCCCUAUGACUCAUGGGGAACUCCCUUCCAGCAACUCAAACAGGUGGUUGAAGAACCGUCGCCACAACUCCCAGCUGACAAGUUCUCCUCCGCGUUUGUGGACUUUACCUCACAGUGCUUGAAGAAGAAUUCCAAAGAAAGGCCAACGUAUCCAGAGCUUAUGCAACAUCCGUUUUUCGCUCUCCACGAAUCCAAAUCAACAGAUGUGGCAUCUUUUGUAAAACUAAUUCUUGGAGAUUAAAAAACAGUGGACUCCCAUCAAUUGACCUUCCUGUGGACUGGUGGGCAUAUGGGGUAAAUUGAGUUCACAAAAGCGCCAAUGGAAACUCUUGAUUGAGAGCAUUUAACCCUGCCCCUCAGAAGGUGUUUUCUCCCCUACUCUUCCUCCUCCCAACAAGGGAGUCUUGGAGACUAUAGCAUAGAAUGAACUGUCUAGAUGGAUGAAAUGUGAUAAAGGCUUAGGACUUUCAAAAGGUGAUUAAAUAUUUAAUGAUGUGUCUUAUGACUCC